AUGCCAAUUAUAAUUAUUAGGGAUAACACGUCUUUGACCACUUGUUCUAAGUCCCCCGAUAAUGUUUGCAUCCGUCCUGAUGUGUUCUUUAGCACAAUUUUAGCUUGCGGUACUGAACUCGAAAUUGCCAAUGGGGAGAUCAAAAGGCCAGGUGCUUCAAAGUGUGAAGUGGACAAGGCUAGAGUGAGGGUGCUGGAAACAGCCAAACGUCAUUUGCAUCUUCUCUUAAAAACCACCAGUGCCGCCCACAAGCAUGUAACUUUUGACAUUCUGAUAUAUGAUUGUUCGUUUGAAUUUUACAAUGUACGUUUCAUAUAUGGGCUUUACCCGUACGAGAAGAUUAGCUGGGGCCAGUUACCUCGACUCAAUAGUUCAAAUCUGGUUUUGGAACACACCUUGUGUUCUAUUUUAACACUCAAGCACUCAAUGCUAAUGUCAGUCGCCGGCGAAGAUACUGCUCCUAUAACUGUAACAGAUAUGCAUUUGUUACCAACUGUCACGUAUUGUGAAUACUAG